UUGAGUAUGGAGGAUAUUCAAGCUGUGCUGCUUUUGUGUGCGAUCUAUUGGUUUACUAACGAGGUAAUUAACAAAACGGCAGAAAAGAGACGAGCACUAAUACUAAAGCGUAUUCAGAAAGCUUGUAAUGCUAGAUAUAAAAGUAGACAACGUUUGUUAUCAGCUAUAGUGGACAUUGACCGUGAGAUGGAUGGGACGAACGCGUGCCAUCGGGCAGAAAGAACAAGAUUGAUAUGGGAGUACUAUCGAAUGCGUCGUGUUUCGCGAUCGGUUUGGAUGCACACUAGAACAACAGAAUGGUGGGACAGCGUGGUUCCAACUUUCACCGAAGCACAGUGGAUAAAGAAUUUCCGGAUGUCUAAGGAUACUUUUCUGUACCUCUGUCGUCGAUUGCAACCCCAACUGGAGAGACAUGACACAAACUACCGACAUUGUGUACCCAUUCAAAAAAGAAUCGCCAUUGCACUGUGGAAACUUGCGACCAACUCUGAGUAUAGAAGCAUCUCUCAUUUAUUUGGAGUCGGAGUUGCUACUGUGUGUCACUGUGUUCACGAUUUCUGCUCAUCUGUUGAGAAGGUACUCAUGCAAGAAGUUAUCCAGUUACCAAACAGUGAAAAGUUGAAAGAAAUGGCGACGUAUUUUGAGUGCAGAUGGGGUUUGCCACAGUGUGUAGGUGCAAUUGAUGGAUCACACAUCCCCAUUCUUGGACCAGAGGAGUACCACACAGAGUACUUCAACCGAAAGGGCUGGCAUUCGAUCAUCCUACAGGCUGUUGUGGACGGAAGAGGCCUCUUUUGGAAUGUUUUUUUAGGAGCGCCAGGGAGCCUGCAUGAUGCCAGAGUGCUACGUUUGUCAGGAUUGUGGGACCUAGUGGAUCGGGGUUUGUUACUACCUGAUGUAACCAAGAACAUUUGUGGACAUGAUGUGGGGUACUAUGUCCUUGGUGAUGCAGCCUAUCCUUUGAAGAGCUGGCUGAUGAAACCUUUCACCGACAACGGACGACUGACACCCCAACAACUUGUGUACAACCAUAAAACAAGCAGAGCCAGGGUGGUGGUUGAGAAUGCUUUUGGCAGACUAAAGGGCAGAUGGAGGUGUUUGCUAAAACGAAAUGACUGCAAUACACACAAGGUCAAAUCCCUGGUGAUCGCAUGUUGUGUUCUGCAUAACCUCUGUGAAAUGAAUGGUGAUGAGUUCAGAGAAGAAUGGACUACGGGUACAUUCAACCAGCCUGACGGGGCACUGUCAUCCACUGUAGAGGCCGAGGGUCUUGAUGCACGUACAGGCCUAAUGAAGUUUUUGACUACAGUGUAGGAAACUGCACUAUCACUGGCUAC